CGACAGAACUGAUGCCUGAGGGGUCAACACUAAACCGCCAAACCCCACCAACACCUGACCAGCGAGAAAGAACAAUGGAUUCCGUGGAUGGCGAGAAGCAGAGAUCAUCCAUUGACAGGAAAAAGAACAAUUCAUGAGCCGCAUGAGUUCCUAAAUCACCUUCCCCCGCGUUUAUUCCAAACAAAGAGUUAGAAACUUUCAUAUAAUUCCCCAACCAGCUUGAUCAAGGUUUCCCAUGCCGAUCGUGAUCGCGGCCUCAGGGAGACAGCGGCGCAAAGUUCGUUUCACUACUUCCAAUCAAGCACCGAGGCCUGGGAACACGCAGAACCUCCCCUUCAGGCCUAAGCUACCUACGACAGGCCCUUUAGCUUCUGUGCCCACUAUUGACCACCAGUCUUCUUCGAAAAACAAUAACAACAACAGCAUGUGUGAACCCCAAGUGCAACCCGGUGUGCCAGAUCUGUUCACCACGCCGCCUCUGCUCUUAGAUGCUCUGGUCACGGAAACUUCCGAAACCCAAGCGGAGACGGUCAACAAAUGCCUACCGUUUUUGAGGGGCAUUCAUAGCUCCCAAAAUGGCCCUUUCAAUCGGUUUGGCGUGCCCGCCCUGAUGAGGGACGAGCAUAUAGGCUAUUUGUUUGACUCUCUAGAAGAGUACCCGGAAGGGUUUGCUGCAAUGGAUGCCAGCCGGCCUUGGAUGGUCUACUGGGCACUGGCAGCCUUGUGCCUUUUGGGUGAGGACAUUAGUAGAGUUCGUGAACGUGUUAUUAACACAUUCAUACCUAUGCAAAACCCGGCGGGGGGCUUUGGAGGUGGCCAUGGCCAAUUGUCCCAUUGCGCUUCUAGCUACGCUGCGGUGCUUUCCCUCGCGAUGAUCGGAGGCGAAGAGGCAUACAGCUUAGUCGAUAGGGAGAAGAUGUGGAGAUGGCUUGGGAAAUUGAAGCAGCCCGAUGGGGGCUUCAGAGUGUGCGAAGGUGGGGAAGAAGACGUGCGCGGCGCUUACUGCGCCAUGGUCAUCAUAUCACUCCUGGAUUUGCCACUUAUUCUACCCCCGGAAGCCGAAGCCCGGCAACAUGGUCUCGAGACAUUCGAUAGUGGUCUCUCCGCGUACCUUUCUCGAUGUCAAACAUUCGAAGGCGGGAUCUCCGGAAGCCCCGGGUCUGAAGCACAUGGCGCCUAUGCAUUCUGUGCUUUGGCAUGUCUGUGCAUCCUGGGCCAACCCGAAGUGACUGUGGCGAGAUGCAUGGAUGUCGAAUUACUCCUGUCCUGGCUCUCUGCUCGACAGUAUGCCCCUGAAGGCGGCUUCUCGGGGAGAACCAAUAAGCUGGUGGACGGGUGCUACAGCCAUUGGGUCGGAUCUUGCUGGCCAUUGAUCCAGUCUGCGCUGAACGGGGUUCGAUCCGCUGCAGCCCCUAAGAAGAGCUCCGUCGGCAACCUUUACAGUCGCGAAGGAUUAACCAGAUACAUUCUUGGUUGUUGUCAGGCCAAGUACGGAGGCCUUCGUGACAAACCUGGAAAACAUGUAGAUUCGUAUCAUACCUGCUACACCCUCGCGGGUCUAAGCACUACACAGCAUUGUCACUAUCAUACAACCUCCAGCGUCUCUGGCAAGGAGGACUUCGCGUCAGCUUUCUCGUGGCAGUACACCCCUAUGGUCACUUCCGCUGACGAUUCAGCGGAUGUGAAUGUGUUUGACGAGAAUGACAAGGUUGCAGCUCUCCACCCACUCUACGUGAUCCCCCACGCGGCUGCGGAAGGAAUACGCCUGUGGUGUGAAAGGCAACCAGCGUGGGCGUGAAUGGGGGGAUAGUCAGCAUAGCAGUCUCGUUUGGUUAGUGGGAGUGGGGGGAAGGGAGAACAAGAGUUUGGGUCAGGAUAGGGUGGAUCUCACUUUGUACAGUAUAAUGCAUGUAAGACUCAAUGUAGUGCUAGAAAAUCUGUGUGACUCCGGGGAGAGCAGGAAGGACGUGCUCUUUCAGCAGCCACGCGGGCUGACAGGCGAGAAGGGAAUAGCAGUGAGGAUAAAGGGUUGUCGCACGAACUGUUCGCGCAGCAAUGGGGUUACCUGGGGUCGCCUUGACUCGACUCGAGUUCAGUUUCGUCCCACCCAAGCUACCCUGC